UUUCUCACACCGCACACUCGGGAACAGAGACACGGAAUGGACACGGAAGGGAGCCAGAGCAGUUUGUCCUCCGCGGACUCCCCCCACGACCCCUGCAAAAUGUUCAUCGGCGGUUUGAGCUGGCAGACGACACAAGAGGGUCUAAAGGAAUACUUCGGUAAAUUCGGCGAAGUGAAGGAGUGUAUGGUGAUGCGGGAUCCGGUUACAAAGCGGUCGAGGGGGUUCGGAUUUGUUACUUACGUAGACCAGGCUGGCGUGGAUAAAGUUUUGGCUCAACCCAGGCACGAAUUGGAUUCUAAAACUAUUGACCCAAAAGUGGCAUUCCCUCGCAGAGCACAGCCGAAGUUGGUGACUCGCACGAAGAAGAUCUUUGUUGGGGGCUUGUCAGUGAACACAACCAUAGAAGACGUGAAGCAGUAUUUCGACCAGUUCGGAAAGGUCGACGAUGCCAUGCUCAUGUUUGACAAAACAACCAACAGGCACAGAGGGUUCGGUUUCGUCACCUUCGAGAACGAGGACGUCGUGGAGAAAGUGUGCGAGAUCCACUUCCAUGAGAUCAACAACAAAAUGGUGGAGUGCAAGAAGGCCCAGCCAAAGGAAGUGAUGUCACCGACAGGCUCAGCUAGGGGGCGCUCCAGGGUUAUGCCGUAUGGAAUGGACGCCUUUAUGUUGGGGAUUGGCAUGCUAGGUUACCCAGGAUUCCAGGCUGCCACGUACGCCAGUCGUGGUUAUACUGGCAUCACCCCGGGAUACACCUACCAGUUCCCUGAAUUCCAUUUAGAGAGGACCCCCCUUCUGACAUCACCCCACCCCCCCGAGAUCACAGCCAUUCCUCUGACAGCCUAUGGACCAAUGGCAGCCGCGGCAGCAGCAGCAGUGGUUAGAGGUACAGGCUCCACCCCUUCACGCUCAGCUGGGUUCCUAGGUACCAGCAGCCCUGGGCCAAUGGCAGACUUGUAUGGAGCAGCUAAUCAGGACUCUGGAGUCAGCAGUUACAUCAGUGCUGCAAGUCCCGCCCCCAGCACUGGAUUUGGCCACAGUCUUGGGGGACCUCUGAUUGCUACCGCCUUCACUAAUGGCUACCACUGAGAAGGCUGUCAGAUCAGAAGAUGGGAGGGGUCAACUCUGCUUUGAGCCAAUCAGACCCCUCUUUUCUGCUGCGUGUUGCUGUCUCCUGCACCACAUUGGCUGCAGCAGCUCUGACUUGAUCCUGGCUCCCCUUGACUCCACCCACCCACUGAAGAUCUUUUCAUUUCCUGUUUCCUGUACUAACAUCACUUCCUGUCUU